GUAUUAAAAAUAAUUUUAUUAUAUGCUUACAAAAUAAUUGCAAUUAUUGAGAAGUGUGGCAUUCUUUUCUAGAGUUAAAGGAGGUUUAGAUAGUGAAAUUUAUGUUAGAAAAUCUCAUAAAUUCUUACAUUCAAUCUAUAAAAAAGAAUCACCAAUAGAAAAUGCAUAAUAAAUUGUAAAGGAUUUUAAAUUGACUUUGGGAUAAAGGUAUUGUUUACUUAUUAAAAUCAUUAAGAUAUUAACAUGGAUUUGAACCUGAAGAAAUGAAAGAAGCAAGUCCAUUAGUUUAAAAAGCAUUUGGACUUAACAAUGCUACUGAUAGCUAAAUUGUUGCAUAUCGAAUUUAAUAAGCAAUUAAAAAAUAUUAAAAAUGGCCAUUAGAUACUGCUAGUGCUUUAGUAAAAGCUGCUGUAUUAAAUGAGAGAGUCAUUUCAUUAAUGAAUCACAUGGAAAAAAAUAGGUAAGAUAAAUAUUGUGCUUUGACACUUACAAAAUUAUUGGCAGAUAGAAGAAAGGCUAUGUAUUAUUUGAGAACUCAUGAUUAUUAAGGAUUCCUUUGGUUAGUUGGUGAUUAUGGUUUGAAAGACCUCAAAUAUCAUAAUCAUAAAUACUUAAGACAUAGACAUAUUGCUGCCACAAAAACAAAAAGAUAUACAAGAAAAGACACAAAUAGAACAAGAUGGGCAUUAUGAGUUAUUAAUAUUAAUAUUUU